CUUAUGAUUUCUGCAAAAGAAACAGUGAUUCAGAGGAUGCUGAGUUGCAGUUUGCUACUUGUCAGUCUUUAUGGGAUCAGAUCAAAUCGGAAACAGAGAAAAUACAGGAAGACUUGAAUAAGCAAUUAUUUGAUAACCUAGUAGGUUUUUUGAGGCGGUCUCAUUCUGAGUUCCAAGAGAAGACAACAAAAUGGACUUGUCAGAUGAAGUCCAGAGAAAUCCCUACUGCAGCUCUUGUCCUGGGUGUAAAUGUUACAGACCAUGACUUGACUUUCAGAAGCCUCUCGGAAGUCCUUCAGAGUAACGUUACUCCUUACAUAGCCUUGCUGGAGGCCAAAGAUUGCCCAGGCAUAAAAAACCUGAUGCAGAAGCUGAUAGGGCAGCUGAUGAACUGCUAUAUAGAAGUGGACUUGGAAGAUGAGGACUGCAUGCAGGUUUCUCAGAAUCGAAUACGUUAUUCAAUGGCUUCCCUUAUCAACUGGUAUAAGAGUGCAACAAAGAAAACAGAUUCUGAAACUCCGAGCAAAAAAAGAACCUCCUCUUCUAGAGAGUGUCAAUCUCCUCCAGUUGUAGUUAUAUUCAAAGACAUGGAGAGUUUCACCACCAAAGUACUUCAGGACUUCAUAUUCAUCAGCAGUCAGCAUAUCUGUGAAUUACCUCUAGUACUGAUUUUUGGAAUCGCUACGUCUCCAAUGAUUAUCCACAGCUUACUUCCUCACUCUGUUUCCUCUCUGCUGUGCAUAGAGCUUUUCCAGACCCUUUCCUGUAAAGAGCACCUGUCUACUAUAAUUGACAAGCUGAUUCUGUCACCCCAUUUUCCCUUUAAACUGGGUGAGAAAGUUCUGCAGGUUCUCAUCAACAUAUUCUUGUACCAUGAUUUUUCUGUCCAGAAUUUUAUCAAAGGAUUUCAGCUCUGUAUUGUAGAGCACUUCUAUUCCCAGCCUCUUAGUAUACUGUGUUGCCAAAGAGUGAAUUCUUUAUCCCAUGGUCAGUGUGAAAACAUUCGAAGACUGCCCUCUUUUAGAAGGUAUGUGGAAAAUCAAGCAUCAGAGAAACAGAUUGCACUGCUGACAGAAGACAAUGUCUUAAAGGAAACAACAAAGAAGUUGCUGGACAGCUUGCAUGUUUACCAUGAAAAUUAUGUUACAGUUCUGAGAUGUCUUCAUGUUUUCACAUCUUCUCUUCCAAAGUAUCCUUUGGGCAAGCAGAUCAGGGAGCUGCACUGCGCAUGUUUGGAAAACAGAGUGUGGGAAACGGAGGAGUAUGAGUCAUCUCUUCAGCUAGCACGGAUGUUGAAUAAGUCUGAUUUGGUAACCAUGCUUCAAGAGUGUGUGGAAAUUUUUGUGUCAUCUUCUGGAAAGGAGUUUGAUCAGGCGGUAGAGAAGUUGAAGCAUUUCUUGACCCAAUUUCAGAAACUGGAAGCAGAAGCUUGCCAAGAACAAGAUGAGUCCGUAUCAUCACAAAAGGAGCUCCAGAAGAAGACAGACCUUUAUCAUCUUCAGAAGGCCUUGUUGGAGCUGAGUGAGUCCAGGCGCUCUAAGAAGCUGACCAAGUUUGAAAUGCUUCGGUUGGAAGUUGUUGACUGUAUAGACAAUCUGGUGAGAACUUACCUCAUCCCUGCAGACUGGAAGACCCUGCAUGAGAUACUGUAUUUCAACACAGCCAGCGCUCUCCGGGAGCACCUGAACGCUGCCCCCAGGAUGGCGCUUCAUACAGCUUUAAAUAACCCGUACUGCUACCUGAAG